AUGGCAGUCACCGAGCUGGCACGACUCCGUCUGCAGGAUGGCACGGAAGCCUCGUCGGCAUCUCUCCAUGCCAACCUCGCCAGAGCCAAGAACGUCAUGGAAGAGGCCAGUGGGUUUGAAUUCUGGUAUUACCAUUGCGUGGAAGAGCCGAAUGUCAUCUUCAUCCUAGGAUCGUGGCCCUCUGUCGACUUCCAUAUGCACGAAUUCAUUCCGAGCCCGCAGAAUCAAGAACUGCUCGCUCUGCUCAAAGAUCAGGUCACGGUGGAAUGGAUGUUCCACCUGGACAUUGACCAACGCACACAUCCACUGCCUCUCAACCACGACGUCCUCUCAAUUGACCGAUACAUCGUCGAAGAUGAUAGCAAGGAGCAAUUCAAAACUACAUUCGAAGACAACAAACCUUCGUUGGAGUCAUACGUGGGGGAAUCAGGCCGGCUUACCUGGGGAUGGCGCCUCGACAAAGGGUACGAUCCAUCAAGCAAAAACGAGAAACCAAAGGAGCAGUUCGUUCUCUUGAUCGGCUGGGAUAGCGUGGAGCAACACCUGGGGUUCGCCAAUAUGGAAGAAUUCCAGAAACACAGUCAGAUCAGGAACGACAGGGAGGAGGGUUCGGAUAUCAAACAUGCGAGAUUGAUGCAUGUUGGAGAGAUGCGCCAGUGA